CCGGGCUUUUUGGUAUGGAUGUAACAGCGUGGGAACUCGAACAAAUAAUCGGUUCGGCUUCAAGUGAAAAGGUCAAAUAUGGAAAGCGGAAAGCCGAAUACAGUCCUUUAGAGGAAAAGAACAAACGUUUAAAAGCUGAGAACUCGGUUUCAAACCAUGAAAAAGUUGUCGAAACUCCAGCUACAAAGUCUGCUAUUGAAGAGCGCAAGCCUGCAACAAAUGAUUUAAUAAAUCCUGUCAUUUAUAAAGAAAUACAAGGCAUUUUAGAACAUCGUAAUAAAUGCACAUUGAAAAUCCACGGACUCCCUGCCAAGACAACCAUAAAUGAAUUGGAAAAACUGGCCCCGGAAGCAAAAGCCUAUCGUUUACCAUGGAUAACUCGUCUUUACCGAUGCCAUGGAUUCGCCUUCCUGGAGUUCGAAUCAGAGGAACAAGCCUUGAUGCAUAAAGAAAAACUCCACAAAAAACUUUAUGGGAACAAAACUUUAUUCGCCAGUGUUGGGAAGUUCAUCUCAGAAUGUAUUGAUGACUAUGAUUGCAAAAUGCUUGUCCUUUAUGGAGUAAAUUACAAUGUUAAGAAAGGUGAAAUAGCAAGAAAAUUUCCUUCUUCCACUAAUAUAUCACUCGAUAAAACUAGUCACUUAAAUGCUAGACAUAAACCUGGCGUCGCUUACUUGACUUUUGCAUCAGAAGAAGAUGCUGUGAAUGCCAUUAAAUGUAGGCAAGGUUGCUUAUUGAGAGGUCGAAAAGUAUCCGUUCUUUUCCACACAAAACAACAAGAAAAAAGUAAGAAUUGUCUUUUAGUUCGUGGCUUAAGUAAAAAGGUGAAUAAAGACGAUCUUCUGGCUGUAUUUCCUCAAGCAUCAACGGUUCAUAUUAAUCACUUUCGCGGUGAAGCUCGAAUUAUGUAUGAUUUAGAGGAGGAUUGUCUUUUGGACCAAAAACAAGCAAAAGAUGUGUCGAUCGGUGGUCGGAAAAUCCAGGUUUUUUCGAUUUCUGUUAAAAAAAAGGAUACAUCCCAUUCAUUACCUAAAACUGGACAGUCCGGAAUUUCUAACGCAGAUAAGGAUGUGCCAUCAAGUAUAGUAAUAGAUAGAUCUACUCUGCCUUUAUGUGAAGAAACCAUUUUUAAGUUAUUUCCAAAAGAAAUUGACUUCUGCAUACCCUCACAGUCAGUUUCUCAAAAUAGGUAAGCUUAUUUCCAAUCCUCCGGAUUUGUUUCUUUAUCAUGACAUGAUAAUAUAACAAUUAGAUUUUUCCAAUGCUCUCUAAUUGGGUAUAUCUAGUUGUAGUUUUACAAACCAAGUGAAUAGGCAACUAGCGUUUUUAUUUAGCAAAACUAGUUGUAACCCGUUGGAUAGUGUUCACAAUGGUCUCGGUCGAUGACAUUUUGUGACGUGGUAAUUCCCUAAACAAAUUACGUAUCAAAAACAUUUUCCAGUUGCGGGACCAACUAGGAACAUUGAGUACAUCGAGAGUUACGUCAUCAACUGCGAUGCUUGUGAUUUCUUUCACAGUAUGGUACACUCGUUUCCCACUGCUUCGGUUUGGGUGCCCGAGGAGCAUCACAACCUUCACACGAAUUAAGUGAUGGUGUGGUGCAUGUGUAUCUAGUGCCUCCUCAUGCCAAUGCUUGUGCUUAAAUAAAAAAUAAAUACAUUAAGUUCUCGGUUUGCAUUCAAAUUUAAAGUUACUAGCACUUUUUCUACUAUUAUUUCUUUCAACGACAAAUAUUUCAUACUGUCAAAAUUUUUGAAAGCAUAGACAUGAUCCACUCUUUUUUUUAUCAUAUGCUGUUUUUUGCAAACUGAUUUUAAAUAUCUCAUCGAUAUAUUAAUGUUAUAACCUGAACAAUCCUAAUUGUCUGUGUUCAUAUUCAAGCUAUUUCACAGUUCAUAAAGUUUGUUUUUAAUUAAGGUAGUAACACCUCUCCAAAGUUGUCAGUCUAGUUGAAGUUAUAGAAGCUGUUGUCUCAUUACAUUUUGUCUUCAUUUACAAUCUUAUGAGUUUCAGAAUAGCUGAUAGUUCAUUUAAAAAGGUUCAUUAAUCUGUGAUAUAAAAUUUCCUUCUUAUUCUUUUGUUUUAAGUGUGGCGUGUGUUAAAUUCGCCACUUUAUCACAAGCUAAAAGAGCGAUCAAAUCAUUAGAUGGCAAAUCAAUGCGAGCUAGAAUAGCCAAUCCGAAAAGAAUGAGACUUCUUGGCAUUUCUAAAACGUUUACUACAGAGAAAAAGGAUGGAACUAAUAUACCUCUUUUUCCUACUAAGGUCGAUCAUAAUAAAACUAGUCAGGAAGUCAAACGAAACAAGAAACAUCACAGAUCUAAAGCUAGAUUUCCGAGUAAACAUGUAAAUUUCUAAAUAAAUAUAAUACUACAAUUAAACUCGUCUUCUGGUUAAUUUUGUGAUCAAAAUAUUUGAUACAGUAUUUAUGUCAUCAAUCCAAUUUUGAAUAAUAUCUACAUAAUUUUUAUUAUUACCAUAAAAAACUAAUAUACAAGGGCAAUUUGUGACUGACUAGUUUUAAAAAUAAUUCCUAAGUCUGAAACCACUAGGAAUUUAUUGCUAUCAGACUUCAACAUUUUCAUGAAAUCACG